AUGGCAACCACAAACCCCAGUCCUCCAGGAAAGAUGGCGGUGCAAUCCCACGUUGCUCUGGUGAGCUACAUCAACAUGUUCAGCAUCGGAACAGCCUACGCCCUCAGCAUCCUACAGAUCGAGCUGCCUAGAUUACUAGACGUCCCUUACCACUGGUCCUUCGCCCCCUUCGGCUCAGCAAGUCUCGGCCUCGCAGCCGGAGUAGCCACAGCCGCCUCCUCGAUAUCGACCAGCGGCGCCCGCUCGACCACCGCCAAAGGCACCGGGCUCUGGGGCCUCGCCGUGCUCCUCGCAGGACACUCCCUAUCCUCCCUCAACUUCCACGGCAUCCUCGCGGCGCUCUUCGUCGGCGGCGUCGGCGUCGGAUGGACCUACCUCGCCGUCAUCGUCAUGGUCAGCCAGGCGUUUCCGGACCGUCCGCUGAUACGCAGCGCCAUCGGUCCGCUGGGAUUCUCCUCCGGUGCGGCCGCGAGUUUCGUCGUCUCCACGUUUCUUCGAUUCGGCUCCCGGGACGCCGGUGAGCUGGGCGGAUUCUUCAAGGUCGGGGGAGUAGCAUUCGUUACUGUUGGUGCGGCCACGGUGAUGCUGCUGCCCAGCGAUGUAGCUUCGAGCAAGAAAGAGCCGUCCUCGGGGGCCUCGAAAAGGGGUUUCUUCUGGGUCCUGCUCUUCUUCAACGCCUUGCCGGGGAUGACGGCCUUCUCUGCACUUCUCCCGGCAGCUUCAUAUUACAACUCGACGAGCUCCGACAGGUCCCCGAGUGGUCUUCCUUACGCCAUGCUCGCGCUCGCUAGCGGAGGACUCUUCUCCAGCGCCGUUAGCAGUCGUCUUGGGCCCAAUCGCACCUUCACCGUCCUGUUUUCCGUUCGCGGCGCUCUGCUGAUUGCCCUCUGGCGUUCAACAAGCCAGACGCUGGCGUUCGUUACCCUCGCGACUAUUCUGUUCGCUCAUGGCGUCGGCUUCAGCUACAUACCCGGCCUGAUCAAGACGCAACUGGCCAGCGCGUCCGAAUUUCCGCGUGAAUAUGGCCGCGUUCUCACGGCUUGGGGCGCCGCGGGAGUCGUUGCCAGUCUGCUUAAUGCGGCAUUACAUGACGACUUUUCAAGUGUGAGCCUAGUGUUGGGUUUGACGGUGCUGUUUGUCGCCGUUGUGGGCGAAUUGGCUUCUCCUCUCGACGGUUGA